AUGGCCUAUGCAAUUGUCAUGCUAACGGUACUCUCCCUUUGCGCAAUCUCAUCAAAUGGAGCUGUUGAAGGAGGAGGAGUUUACUAUAUGAUCAGUAGAUCUUUAGGGCCAGAAUUUGGUGGAGCUAUAGGAGUUUUGUUUUUCGUGGCAAAUGUUUUUUCAUGCGCUUUGUAUAUCUCUGGAUUUACGGAAGCCUUACUAAAUAAUCUCGGCAAUGGACAAUUUCCUGACUCUCCUAUGAGGAGGUUCCUUUACUGUGUACUUGUAUCUGUUGCUUUACUAAUCUUGAGUCUUCUUGGAGCUGGUAUCUUUGCUAAAACCGCCUUAGUUACUUUUAUCUUGAUUUCGAUUUGCUAUUCUACCUGGAUAAUUUCUGUAAUUGUGGAUAGACCAAUGCAAGUACCUAUUCCCAAAGUGAAUACUCCUGCUUAUCGUGUGCAUGAAAACGCAUCCGAUCCGAAUAGCCCUAUGACUGUGAUGUUAAACCAGACGCUGACUGCAAACUAUUACCGGAUUUAG